AUGGUUAGGGAGAGAGGGUUCGCUGUGUUCGACGGCUUCCUGGGGAGGGAUCAGGCUGAAGGCGCGCGGGGGGCAGCGCAGAACAUCUUCCGAGCAGGUCUGAUGAGAAGAGCUGGGAUGGGUAAGGACUCGACUGCAUGGACGGACGUCCGCGCGCGAGGGGACGAGAUCAUAUGGAUGAGCUCGCUUCUGGAGAGGAAGCUGUCGGGCGACCUGAGUGACGAGGCUCUGACGCGGAGCAUCUCCUGCAUGGAGGUUUGUGCGCUCCUUCAUGACUUCCGUCCCUCACUCUCCCUCCAGGCAGUGUCAGACUCCAUCGUCAGUGCGCGGGACUCCCUGGUAACCGCGUUAUCGCAGACCUUCACGUGCGAGAAGGCCACGUUCCAGCUCGCCCGGUACGCGCAGGGCGCCUGCUACGUGCGGCACUCUGACGUGAGCGAGACCAACGCUGGUCGUCGACUGACUUGCAUCUACUACUUCAACCCGGGAUGGCGUGAAGAGCACGGGGGCGUCCUGCGGCUGUACCACCCCAAGGAAGGGCUCGUCGACGUCGCUCCUCUGUGCGAUCGGCUCCUCCUCUUCCUGCCCGACAUGGAGCAUGAGGUCUUGCCGUGCGCGAGUGAGAGGUUCGCCAUAUCAGGAUGGCUGUACGGCCCCAGCUCGUUCUUGGAGAGCUGUCAGGCCUUCGCAGCAAGACGAGAGGAGGAGGAGGCAAGGCCGGAGGAGAUCUUCGUCUCGAUCGUCGCCUACAGGGACCCCGAGUGCCCCAAGACCGUGCGAGAUCUGUUCCAGAAAGCCAAGCUGCCCAAGAGGGUGCAUGUGGGGCUGAUCUCGCAGGUCGACUUCCAGGAUGACGAGGACUGCUUCUUGCAUGAGGGUGACCUGCCGGAAGGAUGCGAGGAGAACGUGCGGGAGACCCGGUUCCACUGGAAGGAAGCAAGAGGUCCGUGCUGGGCAAGGUACCUCGCACAGAGGCUCUGGGCAGGGGAGAAGUACUACCUCCAGAUCGACUCCCACAUGCGGUUCGCUGAGGGGUGGGAUGAAUACCUCAUCUCCCAGCUGGGCUCGUGCCCGAGCCCUAAGCCAGUGCUCAGCACGUAUCCUCCCGGAUACGACAGGGACCAUCCCGUCCCCCAGCAGUCUCCCAGCACCCUGUUGUGCGCAUCUCAGUUCGGCGAGGAAGGCAUGCUGCGGAUAGCUGGGAAGAUGCUGAGGCAGAGGCCGGCGGCUCCUCGGGUGAGCCUGUUCUGGGCAGCUGGGUGCUCCUUCUCCACAAGUGAGCUUUUGCUGGAAGUUCCCUACGAUCCCUCGAUGAAGUUUCUCUUCUUCGGGGAGGAGCUGACCAUGCUAGCCCGCAUGUGGACGCGGGGGUUCGACGUUUUCGCGCCCUGCCACCCUGUCGUGUUCCACUGCUGGGAUCGGAGCUACAGGUCGAGCUUCAAGGAGGUCGCCGACCCCUUCGACCUCCGCUCCCGAUCCCUCCUGCGGGCUCGGUCGAUCUUGAGGAUGGGGGAGGGAGAGGAGACAGUGCGGAACGGACCCUCGGGGCAACGAGCUCGUCCCGAAGCUCCUCCGAAGGAAGCAACAGACAAACUAAGUCUGCACUACAACUGCUACCAGCUGCACUCCUUCUUCCAGAACAGAAACUCGUGGGACUGCGACUUCGAGGAGGCACAGGUCUCGCCCAUGCAGGUAACCUCCCCUCCAUCCCUCCCCCUCCUCUCUGAGAUCCCACUGCCAGGGCCUGGACGGCGUGUACGGAGUCGGCAAGGAGAGGAGCAUGGAGAGUUUCUUCGGUGA